AUGUGGCGUGGCCAGGUCUACCGAGUUUCCGGCUACGAUGAUGGCACAUCGUCUGACGAGGAGCUGCCCCCAGGACGAUGCAGUGUGUCGUGGAUCGGUGACAACCUCCACCAGACGCCAGGCUUGCGAAUGAAGGAAUCCUCUUUGCAGUUGAUCGACAGACCCUUUGUCAUUGGCGAUCGCGUCUCUGCUGUAAAGGACCCGCAGUCCCUGGGACUCGUUGUGGAUGUGCGAUGUAACUGUCGCUUCUCAAACAAUCCACCGCCUAGCCGCCCCUACCCUGAGGUGAGUGCGGAUCGUGUCCAUCCAGUCGGCGGUUUUCGAAUGGAGGAAGUCGUCGCACACGAAGAGACUCGCUAUGUCGGCAGGGUAGUAGAUGCGUUGUUCCGAGUAGAGGUUGAAAUCAUGAAGCGAUGUGAGGGUCGCAAAGGCAAGUCGAAGCUGCUGGGGAAGUGUGCCUUCCAGGUCAGUAGCGAGGGCCUGUCUGGCCUGACACCGCUCGACGAGGCGGCAGACGCUUGCGCGCAGGAGCUCUGUCCCCAUUUCCCUGGCCAGCAGGUGCGAGCGACACCGAGAGUUUGGCGACAGGCAGAGUGGCUGGAAGACUGCUCGCAGCUGAAGAAACGGGCACGUGGACCACCCAUUUGUGGUGAGGUGACUUCGGUCUCGUGUGAAAUGGUGGGCGUUCAUUGGGCAGACGCCUGGGCUCCGAAGGAUCCGAAGAUGACCAUGCCAGCAGAGUGGGUCCAUCCUUCCAGCAUCCGACGCCUCAGCAUGAGCAAUAGCCCUUCCGAGGGCUGGCUCUUGGGCGAGCAUUGCCAGGCAUCCGAGAAUCCCUCUUCGCCCUGCGCCGUCUUGACCCGGACCACCACCCACACGACUGUGAAAUGGGCCGGUGGUCUUGAGGAAGACAUUCUCUCCGUAGACCUCAUGCCCAGGCAGGCCUUCUAUUCGCACGAUUUCCUUCCGCACGACUUUGUGGCGAGGACUGCAGAUGUGGAUCGGCUUGUCCCUCCACGAGUAGAAACGCUGCAGACUCCCAGUCCCAACUUCACCAUCCAGGAUGGGUCUGUUCAAUACGGAUCGACCCAGACCGAAACGAACGAGGAGAACAGAGAGCUUUUUGCGACCUUCUUGGGGGAGGUGAACAACGAGGAGAUCAUCCCCGCCCCUCCGCCGGCGGGGCGGCAAGUUCCCAUGGGCGUCGUCAAAAGUGUGGACCUGAAGGCACGCACGGCCUUGGUGGAGUGGCGGUGCUCUCUGCAGGAGAAUCCGCAGGAGGUCAGCCUGUUCGAGCUGGCGCCGCAUCCACUCGUUGAUGUUCGCCUGGCAGACAUCGUUUUUAUCCCACCCGACCAGCAGUCUCAGGACAAGGGAAACUGGGUGGGCCGGGUGACGGCCUUCUCCGGCUUCUCUGCGCAGGUUCAGCUAGUUUGUGGCAGGAGUGAGUGGUUCGAUGUCGAAUCCUUGAGCAUUGCCGACAUGGAAGGGCACUACGACAGCUCCGUGUCUUCCGACGAGGAACCGGAAGUCAUUUGGGUGAAGGGGGGACCAGACGCGGACGAGCCGUCCCAAGCUCCUUGCGGCAGCCGGGACGCGAGCCCGAGUCGGGAGGCCGAAAGAGAGGAGGUUUGCGAGCACUGCGAGCAGUCCCAAAGCGAGACCUCGGAAGGCUCCUCCUCGUCUACUAGAGCGCCAGAAAUCCUGGCUUUCGAUGUGCUGCAAGAGGAUCUGAGCCCGCGCGAUCACAAGUUCGUGGACCGUCCCUCUCCUGCUCCAAAGGUGCUGAUGCGAGCAGUGAGGCGAGAGCACUCGGUGUUGCAGAAGGGUCUUCUCGAUGGAGGAGAAGGCGUAGUUGCGCCCAUCAUGGUGCGCACUUACUCUUCCAGAUGCGACCUGUUCCGAGCAAUGGUGGUUGGUCCUCCCGGCACGCCCUACUCGGACGUGCCGUUCUUCUUUGAUUUGUCCUUGUCCCCCCAGUACCCGUCUGAGCCCCCUUUGGUGUACUUCAUGGCAAACUACGUCAACAGUUGUGAGAAGUUGAACCCGAAUCUCUACAACGAUGGCAAGGUCUGCCUCAGCAUCCUCGGUACUUGGGCGGGACCUGGCUGGGAUCCGCAAAAGUCCACGCUUCUCCAGGCUGAGCUUCCAUGUCAGCUCGAGAAGUUUCAGAAAUGCAAGAAAGGAGUCUGGGGACUCAGUACCCACUCCUCCUCGGCAUGCUGGUCAUUUGUGACUCCCUAG